CGAUGUGAGAGCGGCGGCGCCGGGCCCUGUCCGCGCCCCCGGCCGCGCUCCCUCCGUCCCUCCUCGCCCGCGCCGUCCCCGCGGCUCCCGCCGGCCCCCGUGGGCCGGGCCCCGCGUUAUGUCGUGAUCCCGGGCGGGCGGCGCUGCUGCUCAUGGGGCUGCUCAGGAUUAUGCUGCCGCCCAAGUUGCAGCUGCUGGCGGUGCUGGUCUUCGGGGUGGCCGUGCUGUUCCUGGAGAACCAGAUCCAGAAGCUGGAGGAGUCCCGCGGCAAGCUGGAAAGGGCUAUUGCAAGGCAUGAAGUCAGAGAAAUAGAGCAACGUCAUACAGUCGAUGGUCCCCGACAAGAUGUGACACUGGAUGAGGAAGAUGAUGUGGUGAUUAUUUACAACAGAGUACCCAAGACUGCGAGCACAUCCUUCACAAAUAUUGCCUAUGACCUCUGUGCGAAGAACAAGUACCAUGUUCUACAUAUCAAUACAACCAAAAAUAACCCUGUUAUGUCCCUGCAAGAUCAGGUGCGAUUUGUGAAGAAUGUGACUUCGUGGAAGGAGAUGAAGCCGGGAUUUUACCACGGCCACGUCUCGUACCUGGACUUCGCCAAAUUUGGUGUUAAAAAGAAACCAAUUUACAUAAAUGUCAUAAGAGACCCUAUAGAACGCCUAGUUUCUUAUUAUUACUUUCUGCGCUUUGGAGAUGAUUACAGACCAGGGCUACGGAGGCGAAAGCAGGGGGAUAAAAAGACCUUUGAUGAAUGUGUGGCAGCUGGAGGUUCCGACUGUGCUCCAGAGAAACUUUGGCUUCAAAUUCCAUUCUUCUGUGGCCACAGCUCAGAAUGCUGGAAUGUGGGAAGCAGAUGGGCUUUGGAACAAGCCAAAUACAAUCUGAUUAAUGAAUACUUCCUAGUGGGAGUUACUGAAGAGCUUGAAGACUUUAUCAUGUUAUUGGAGGCAGCUUUGCCCCGGUUCUUCAGGGGUGCCACAGAACUGUACCGGACAGGAAAGAAGUCGCAUCUUAGGAAAACAACUGAGAAAAAACUUCCCACAAAAGAAACUAUUGCCAAGCUACAGCAGUCUGAAAUCUGGAAAAUGGAGAAUGAGUUCUAUGAAUUUGCACUGGAGCAAUUUCAGUUUGUCAGAGCACAUGCAGUUCGGGAAAAAGAUGGAGAAUUGUAUAUUCUGGCUCAAAACUUUUUCUAUGAAAAGAUUUACCCUAAAUCAAACUAAGAAUGCUAUACUGUUAGAUUUAUGGACCUAAAUCUUUGGCCACAUCAUCAUCUUAGUCCUCAGCCAUGGAAACUAGAUUGCUUGUAGACCUCCAAGACAUUUCUUUAUACGAGAAAAGUGAGUUGUGGAUCACCUCCAGGGCUUUGGAUAUAGCUGUGUUGGUUUUCCAGAAGCAAAGGCUUCAUUUCUUUUAUCUAAAUAAUAUUUUCAGUCAAUAGGGAGUCAAUAUCCUUAACCUGAAGAAAUCUACACUGUAAUUCGGAGCAAUUAAUACACGGCAGUUCUAUUUGAAAAUAUAAACAAUCAAAAAACCAGUUUUGUUGAUGCUCUUUUUAAUUUUCAGAGCAAUUGAUUUUCAUUUGUACUUCUGUGAAGAGGAAAUCAUUUUUCCCCAGCUUUCAACAUGGAAAUUUCGGUUGUAUAAGUAUGAGUAGUCCUAAUAACUGGUUGACAUCUGUGCUUUGUUUUAGUGAAUCAUGUCACAUGAUAUUAAUUGGGAUGGUUAAUCAUGUUCUGCUGAGAAAUGCUGCUGCUGCUGGAAUUGCCCAUAUUUAUAUUAUGUGGUUUUAUUAAAAAAUUACAACUACU